AUGGCGACUGCAACGCUCGGAGCAAUGUCGAGCGGCGCACUGCUUGCAAACGGGGCGUCAACGACGGCGACAACGACGCCGACGACGGCUGGGACGCAGCGUGUGCAGACGUCGACUACGGAGCUCGUCGAGGGCAUCAGCACUCUGCGGAUUAUGCACGAAACCCACGAACAAGUGAGCUCUCCUCUCCUCUUGCCCAUGGGCCAUACUCUUUGCCAAUUCAAGCAGGAGAUUCAGACGGUGCAGCAACAGCAGGCCGUAGAGUUGGACGCACUCAAGACUCUGGUACGAAAUGCACAAGAGAUGCAGAAAAAGCUCGAACUGGAACGGACCGUCUUGAUCCAGCGCAUCCACCAGUUGGAAUCAAACCAGCCAUCUGCCUUGCUUCAACGCCCAUCUGCACUCCCUCGCGGACUGUCCUCUUCUGCCUCGUCACGAGCCGCAGCAGCAAGCUUUGUGCAGACCGUUCUCGGCAUUCACUAUGAGCCACUGGGACACCUCCACCCAUCCUCUUCGUCUCCCUUGACCAAUGAGCGCGCUCGUCCGGUGCGAUUGAGUGCCGUCCACAAGGACAAACUCGCCAUGCUGGCCGCAGAAGACGCGGUAAACGAGCCACGACGAUCGAGCAAGCGACAGAAACCCGUCGUCACUCAGCAUCCUAUUGCUGCCAAUGGUGGCGAUAUUGCCGUCUCGCCGACGACGACGAUGCCAAUGGGUGACGGGGAGGAUACGACCAUCCCACUUGUCGCAAAGUCUGGCACUCGCAUUCGACUCAAACCUCCAAAGGGAUCACAGCAGGAUGACGAGGCUUCAGUCGACUAUGAGCUCUCUGUUGACACUGUUGGAGGCCCAAAGGUUGGCAUGAAGCGACCACGUUCGCCUGCGUCGAGUGUACAAGGAUCAGGCAAGCCCCCCAAGAAACGAAACACGACCGUGACCGCAGCGAGGAACAAGAUUAACAUUCCACCGAUUCCUCGAGGACCCAACGGGGUACCACUACUUCCGAUGCAGAUUGGCAUGUUUACGCUCCUAUCCUUGGGCCAGAUACAAACCAAGCAGGAUCUUGCUACUACAAAGGCUUUGUAUCCGAUCGGGUAUAAAUGCGAGAGGCGUUGGUUCUCGACAAAGAACCCCAAGAUUCUCGUUCGAUAUACGUGUAGCAUUGAGGCCGGACGGGAUCCUAUGCAUCCAGUCUUUGUCGUCACUCCCGAGGACGCACCAGAGGAACGGGGUCAUUCUGCUACAUCUGCAUGGUGGAACAUUUACACAGAGGGACUCCGAGUGCGGAACCAACCAGAGCAAGCAGUGAUGAAUGGAGACGAAAUGUUUGGCCUGCACGAUAAUGUUAUCAAGGCGUUGUUACAAGAGCUACCGGGUGCGGAAGAACUCGUGGGAUAUGUAUGGAGAACGUUUGUAGAGGGAGGGCCGACGACGAAACGGAGGAACACGGCGCAUACCGUCUAUCAUAUUGAAAACCCAGCUGCGCCACGAUGGCCCGGUGCAGUUGAUGUUGACCCGACUGUUCAGCCCUCGCUCGAUAAUGAACAAGAUGGAGAGGGCGACGAGAUGGACGAGCCAGCGUUACCUCACGCAAUACCGUAA